AUGAAUAACAUCGUUGUUUUCGGAGGCUCUUCUCACCCCUCUUUGGUCGACAAGAUCUGUGGAAACUUGGGGGUCAAGCCCUCACAGGUCAAGCUGGGAAAAUUUUCGAAUGGGGAAACGAGCAUCAGUAUUGGCGAAUCUGUACGUGAAAAGGACGUUUAUGUCAUUCAAAGCGGCUGUGGACAUGUCAACGAUAAUUUCAUUGAGCUGCUGAUCUUGUUGAAUGCUUGCAAAACCGCUUCAGCAUCCCGCGUAACUGCAGUGAUGCCCUACUUCUGCUACUCUCGUCAACCCGAUAUUCCUUAUACCGCAAAGGGGGCACCUUUGAUUUCUAAACCCAAGGAAAGCUACACGUUUGAAAGCGUACCAGGGACUCCUGUGUCGUCCAUGACAUCGACCCAAGCACCCACUGGACCCUCUCACGAUGCCUUAAACGCAGGCAAUGACACCGAAAACAAGAAACAUGACGGGCCAACAAAUCUCCACCAACCUAAGCCUGUGCGUUUUGCAGGCGAUGGGGCAAUUCACAAAUCUCCAUCACAGUCCCGCAUACCCAUGGUUCCAGAACGCAAAGAAAACAGUUCUGAGCUAGGUUCUCUCUUUAAUGCCAACAACGCGGGGUACAAACUUUGGGUUGCCCAGGCAGGUACCUUGGUGGCUAAUUUAUUGACUACUGCUGGUGCAGACCACGUUAUCACCAUGGAUCUUCAUGACUCUCAAUUCCAGGGUUUUUUCGACAUCCCUGUCGAUAACCUGUACUGUAAACCCAUUGCCCACAGCUACAUCCAGUACAACAUUCCAGAGUACAAAGAAGCCGUUCUUGUGUCUCCGGAUGCUGGCGGUGCCAAACGUGCAGCGUCUCUCGCAGAUGCUCUCGGAAUAUCUUUCGCUCUGAUACACAAAGAGAAGAGAUCUCAGCUGCCAAAGGGUCCUCCAGAUGCUUCAUUAACGUCAGGUGGUGGUGCAGCGAUCUCGGGUAAGCCCCUUAUCGCGUCGAUGUCAUCUUUGGCAUUAAACUCUCAAGAAAUGAAAACUUCGGGAUCCAACUCUAGAUAUGUCCAAACCACAAUGCUUGUUGGUGAUGUCCGGAACAAGACCUGUAUUUUAGUUGAUGACUUGGUGGACACGUCCUACACGAUCACCCGCGCUGCCAAACUACUCAAGGAUCAAGGUGCAACGAAGGUUUACGCUUUGAUAACUCAUGGUGUAUUUUCGGGUGACGCUCUCAACAGGGUCUCUCUCAGCGCAAUUGACAAGAUCGUGGUUACAAACUCAGUGCCACAGCACAAAACGGUUAAAUUUUUGGGCAAAGAUAGAGUGCAUGUCCUUGAUGUUUCGCAAAUUUUCGGCGAAUCUAUCAGAAGGAUUCAUAAUGGUGAAUCAAUCAGUAUGCUUUUCGAACUCGGAUGGUGA